GAUAACAGGAAAAUAAAUGGCAACUCUAGCUGAGGAAUUUCAGCGAAGUUGGUUGACUUCCGUGAUUGGCUUAGGUUUAUUUGCCACAGGAGUUUGGUUGUUAACAUGGAAUGAGGGCAGAGCUGUUCACCACGCAUAUUCAUUAGAUGAAACUUACAAUAACGCUAUUGUUUUAAACCCUUAUGAAAAGUUACAGCCUGAAUUAGAUGGGAGGGUGAUACAUAUCAGUGGCAAUUUAAUAAUCGAUGAACCCCUUACAGAGCCCGAUUACGGGAUAUCCAUUCAGGCAGUAAAAUUAAAGAGACGAGUUCAGAUGUUUCAAUGGGUAGAGGAGAGAACGCCUAGGGAUGACGAUGAGUCUAGUGCGGGAAAAUACAACUCUAUUAAUGACUACUAUUAUGUAACAGAAUGGAGAGAUAAAUUGGUAGACAGCAGUAGUUUCUAUAUAAGGCAUGGCCAUGAAAAUCCUAGGGAAAUUCCAUUAAAAUCAGUUACAUAUAUAGCCCCUUCAGUCAAGGUUGGGCACUUGCUGCUAGGGAAUGAAAUAAAACACAAAUUUAACGAUUUCGUAGAGGUCACGAGUGAUGAGAGACCUGAACGGAGAGAUGUUAAAUUACAUAUGGGUAUUUAUUACCACUGCAAUGACAUCUGGAAUCCAGAAGUGGGAGACAUUCGAGUGCAAUUCUCUUAUGCUGGCGCCGCUGGAGAACCAGUGACGAUAAUUGCAAAACAAGAAAAUGGGGUUUUGGUACCGUAUAAAACCUCAAAAAAUCAUAAAAUAGCCUUGUUGAGGCAUGGCAACUUAAAUAUCAAUCAAAUGUUCUCCGCCGAACAUUACGAUGCGAAAAUAGAAACGUGGAAACUAAGAGGAGUGGGUGUUUUUGUUUUAUAUGCUUCGUCUGUGUGUUUAGCAAAACUUCUAAAUAUAAUUGUUCAUCAAACACCGAUUUUAUCAAACGUUAUUUCGGGCGAAGCAACAGCAUUUGGAAAUGUGAUUUUGGCAAUUUCGGUAUCGUUAAUUGUCGUAGCCACAGCUUGGAUGUUCUACCGACCUAUGUUGGGUAUGGGGCUCCUCUUUGCUGCCGUCAGCCCAUUUUUGUACUGCAUGAUGGGUGUUUACAAUGCUGCACAAAAUACUCAUAUAAAUUAAUAAUGAUCAGUGAUAUUAAAUAGUAUUAUAAAUUUUAAAGUAUAUUAAUAAAGCUGUAGAUAGUGUUUUUAUUGAAUUCUUGAAAUUAUCAGAAAUUUCAACAAAUAGAAGAAAAUUAUUCCCAAUGUAUUUUAUUGAUUAUAUUCAUACUGGUAUAAUCGAAAUUUAAAACCUGGUAUAAUUUAAAGGUGCAUCUUAAAAAAGAGAGC